CUAAUCAGAUUAGACAAUUAUCAAAGACAAAUGGUUAAACACGCUGCAUUACAGUUGACCACAGAGAAUUGAAUUGAAUUGAAUUAAUGCGCAAGAAAAAAAGGUAACAAAGUGAGAGAAGGCAUCCUUUUCUUUCCUUAAUAAUCCUUAUAUGGUGGCCAAGUUUGAAUAUUAAGCUAACUUCUUUUCUUUCUAUCUAUCUACCCUCACACAACACGGUCUCUUUCUCUCUUUCAUCUUCAUUCAUCUGCUUGUUUUCUUCUUUAUUUAGAGAUACCCCUCCUUCUAAUCCAUGCAAUCAUCAAUAUUCUCUUUGUUGUACAACAAACAAAUUAAAAUAGCUCCCUUGCAGUAGCAACAACAACAUAGCUUUCUUUUACUAUAUCACCCUUCUAUUUUUUGUUCUUUUCUUCUUCCUUGUUGGGACUUAAUGGUGCAAAUACAAUCCAAUAGUUCUUUCAGAGAAUCUCUCAAGGCUCUUGAAGAUGAUAUCCAACAUGCCAACACACUGGCAUCAGCACUCCCUAGAGAUUAUAAUGGGAGCUAUAUCCAAAUGAAAUUAUGUUACAGCCCUUUUGCUCCUCUUUUCUUGUCAUUGAUUGAGUGGUUGGAUUUUAGUUGCACAGAUGAUAUUCCCCAUUGUUUGGGAUUACUCCACAUUCUUAUAUCCAAUGUAUACAUUGAUGGAAUGCCAUCUAUUUCCUCAAAAGAAAGGAUAGCCUCUCUAAGAGAAUUCUAUGCUGUAAUAUACCCUUCGCUCCGAUUACUCGAAGGCGAGUUCAAUGUGUCCAGAAUCAGAGACCACAGAAGCAAUUGCAGCCAAAUUGUGAGCAGAAAAAGGCUUGAAAAGUUUCUUGAUGAAGACCAAGAGGGAGAUGAUGAAUGUGACAUAUGCAUGGAGAAGAGCAGGAAGAUGGUGCUUCCUAAUUGUGUGCAUUCCUUGUGCAUUAGCUGCUUCCAUGAUUGGUAUUUGAGAUCAGAAUCAUGUCCAUUUUGCCGUGGAAGCCUCAAAAGGGUUAGUUCUACAGAUUUAUGGGAGGUUAUUGGAGACAGUGAUGUAAUUGACCGAGCUACACUUGCAAUGGAUAAUAUAAGACGUUUCUACCUUUUCAUGGAAACUUUGACACUUAAUAUCCCUGAUGCACAUGUCUAUGCAUUUAACUACAUGUUAUGAAUUGAUUUGAAUUCAAUGUAAAUUGGAAGAUGAUUACUACUUGUAAGAAAAUUUUGAAACUUGUGUAAUCUGUAAUGAACAUGUUGAAGUGCCCUUCUCAAUUGUGAAUUGUAUAUAGAUGUAAUUAAUCAAAACAAAUCAAGUGCUGAUAAGCCUAAGAUUGUUGUUGUCAA